CUGCAUUCGCUUUCACUGUCGUAUGACCAGGUGAAAAAGUAACUUGCUGUAAUUUGAUUUAAUGUCUAUCAUGUGUCGAUUGUUAGUCGCUUUCACGUCGACGCUUCUCGUCCUCACAAUAAUUGAAUCGGUGGGGGCGGGCACUUAUCAUCCUUAUCAUAUUGAUGAGUAUAUGACGGUACCGAAUAACGAAACAGGAAUCAAAGUAGCACAGUGGACCGAGGAAAUGAACAUGAACCCUGAGGAAUUGGGUAACUACUUCGAGGGAGAUAUCAUGAUUUCAAACAGCACCACAAGAAACGGUGAUACUAAAGCAAAGCGUUGGCCUAAUCGACAGAUUCCCUACGUAAUUACUGGUAGAUUCACUCAGAAGCAGAGGAAUCUUAUACAAGAUGCGAUGAAACAAUAUCAUUCUAAGACAUGCAUGCGAUUUAAAAAGAGGACGAACCAAAAGGAUUAUCUGGAUAUUCGAAGUGAUAAUACUGGAUGCUGGAGCUGGAUUGGUAGGAGAGGUGGUAAACAACAAGUGAACUUGCAAGCUCCUGGUUGUGUAAAUGCGAUAGGUACCCCGGUACAUGAGCUCCUGCACGCCAUCGGCUUUUGGCACGAACAUACUAGAGAAGAUCGAGAUGGUUAUGUGAACAUCAAUUGGAAUAAUAUUCCAAAAAACCAACAGCAUAAUUUCAUGAAGGCUAACAAGGGACAGACCACCUCUUAUGGUGUCCGUUACGAUUACGGCAGCGUGAUGCAUUAUUCAGCAUACGCGUUUGCCAAAAAUCCCAAAGUAAAAACCAUUAUUACAAAGAAACCAAAAAAUGCAAAAAUCGGUCAGAGAAGGGGCCUUAGCAAUUCAGACAUUACAAAGAUCAAAAGAAUGUACAAAUGCUGAUGUAUGAGAGUAAUUGGCAUCUAUGUCAAGGAUCAGUACUGAUGCAAAAAAUGGCUUUGAUAAUGGCUUUCUGUAUUAAAAAUAAAUUCUAAAUUAAAAAUAUUAAAAUUUGUUUUGUUACUAAGAAGUAAAUAAUACUUAGCAUUGUGUAUAAAACAUGAACAUAUAAACCACGUCACUUUUUUUUCUACGAUAUUGGCGAACGUAAUUUAUAAUUUCAUUAAGUAUUAAUAUUGAUUAAAUAUUAUA